ACUCCACGUCACGUGACAUGAUGUGCUGUUGCCAGCUAGCAGCUGUACGGAAUGAAAAUACAGCUAGGAAGUGUAGAUGGACUAAUUUUGAGUUACUUACGAGUUAUUUAUUUAUAAAAAACGGACGACAUGAAGAGUCGAGCAUGUUAUAUGCACUUAGUUUAUAUACUGCUUUUUAAUGUAAGGGCUGUUGCGACCACCGAAUGUUUCUUUGUGAAGCACUGAUUACCAGUCAUUUGAUCAACGGGCUCUGUCCCUAAGAUGAACGCGCUUGUUGCUCUGUGUCAUUUCUGUGAGCUCCAUGGCCCUCGGACGUUGUUUUGCACUGAGGCACUUCACCCUCCAUCCCCAUCCCCUUCAUCCCAGGCAGGUGCCCCAGUGCCAGGAGACAGGGACCGAGAUGGUGACCGGGAAGGAGAAGGGCUGACAAUGAGAGCCAACAGCUCAGCCACACAGAGAGGAGAGAUGUGUGAUGGAUGCCGAUCUCUUCCUGCAUCUCACCCAGGCUUUGUGAGUAUUGAUGAUGAAACAGGCAUACGUUUCUUAAGCCACCAGCAUCCCAGACAGCCGCAGCUUUUCAGCGUGGUCCGGCAGGCUUGUGUACGCAGCCUCAGUUGUGAGGUGUGUCCUGGACGUGAAGGGCCGAUUUUCUUUGGAGAUGAGCAGCAUGGUUUUGUGUUCUCGCACACCUUCUUUAUUAAGGACAGCCUGGCCAGGGGCUUCCAGCGCUGGUACAGUAUUGUUAUGGUAGCAAUGGACAGAAUCUACCUCAUCAACUCUUGGCCCUUUCUGUUACGCCACCUUAGACUCACUAUACAGAGCCUGCAAAGCACAGCCCUCAAGGUGUUUGACAGUGAACAAGGAGUUUGUCCUCAACGAGCAGUAAGGAUGAACAGCGUCUUCUCUCCAGCUGUUUUCCCUCAUCAAAGAAGUGGAAAUGCAGCCAGGUCACUAACUUCUCUCACCCAGCAUCCUAACCUGUGGGCCAGUCUGCACUCCUCCUUUAGCUGGCUGUUGAAGGCUUGUGGUAGUCGUCUGACUGAGAAGCUGCUGGAAGGGGCCCCCACAGAGGAUACACUGGUGCUCAUAGAGAGGCAAACAGAACAAGAGGAGGAAAUGAGCUGUUGGGAGGGCGCAGAGGGAGGCGGUCCUAAGCCACAGCGGAUCCAGUCAGAGAACGAGCUAACUCAUGACUUCCUGUGUGACGAUGGAAAAUUAGAUGAAUUACCCGGGCCCAAAUUUAGGUCACUGAGGCAUUUAAGACAGGUCCUCGGGGCGACUGAGUUUCGUCAGCUUGUGUGGCACGUGCUCAUGGGAAAUCAGGUCAUAUGGAGAGGAGCAGACCCCGGGCUCAUCCAAUCAGCUUUUAUAGUGCUCAAGUCUUUGCUCCCAGUGGGCUGUGUGCGAUCAGUGCCAUACAGUGCUCAGUAUGAAGAGGCCUACAAAUGUAACUUCCUGGGUCUCAGCCCUGAUGUGCCCAUUCCAGCACACGUCAGCUCUUCAGAGUUUUCAGUGCUGGUGGAUGUCAGUUUAGAAAGAAGCUGCCAGAUCUCAGCUGCGGGUGAAGAUGACAUCUCCUCACUUUAUCAGUUCAGCAUCAGCAGUGCCAACACACAGCCCACAGACAGAGGUCCCACGCUACUGAACAAGCUUGAGGUUGCUCUGUCUAAUGAGAACUUAUCCGUGGAUGUCGUGUCUCACUGCCUGUUGUGUCUGAAGGAGGAAUGGAUGAAUAAGGUCAAAGUGCUGUUCAAGUUCUCCAAAGUGGACGGACGAGGGAGGGAGGACACUCAGAAGGUUCUGGCCCUCCUCGGGGCCACAGGGCCAGGCGAGGAGGACAACGUCAGACUGCUGAAAUUCUGGAUGACAGGACUUAGCAAAACGUACAAGAGUCAUCUAAUGACGGCCGUGCGAGGAGGGGAGAGGAGCCCCAGCCAGUGACAAAGAGAGAAGGAGAAAAGAGGGGCUAAAAAGAGGGGGAAAUUCCAAAGGAGGGAAAGCAAAAGCUGGAUAGAUGGAAUCAGUUAAAAGUAACUUUUUGGGACUUAAAAUAGAGUGAAAGAGAAAUGUAAAUGAAAGCCAGGAAUGCCAUGGCUCAUUCAUUAUUUUCUUUUUAAAUAGUUGGAAAUCUACUGUUAAUAAUGUUGAUUAUUCUUCUGCUCAGAUUAACACAACUGGCUAGUUUGGAUAAGGCAUGCUUUGUUUGUCAAAGGGAAUUACUGUAGAUGGCUUUAAAGACUAAUGUAUAUUUUUAACUUAUUAACCAGACUUUGCACUUUGUUAACUCUUUUUUGCUGAUGUUUUUAAAUGAAAUAAAUGAAUGUGAA